AUUAUCCAGUAGCACCUAAUUAGUCAUUCCUGACACAAGUAAGAAACCGGAAAUAGACUUAAGUCGUCUGUAUGCAUCUAUAUCCAAGUUGCGCCAGACAUUGCUGCAAUUCCAGCACAUCAUCUUACUUAUCUCUGCAAACCGAGAUUGGAUAAACUUACGCGGCAGAAUGGGCUCAGACUUACUUUUUCCUUUUUCUAUACUUGGCGAAGAUCUAAGAGAAUUGGGGAAAUGAGACAGAAUAAAAGAAUAAAAGGCUAGGUUGAUUUAUAUGUCAUCCUCCAAUACUUACAAGUUACAACAUCAUCCCUUCUCAGUUGUAGGUAUUCAACUAACCGUUACAGACUAGGUACAGCAUCUUCUUAGCUUGCUGAUUACAAAAGGCUAUUGUUGAUUGGAUACGGUAUCCAAAUGCAUGUAGGUUUCUAAAGCAGUCGAAGAGUGAUGUCAUCAAAGCUCUAGAACGCAGUCUACGUACUGAAUGGAUCUAAUCCAGAAGCUAGCGAGGCACGGUACAUUGGUGCUUAUCCUAAACGAGAAUGCGAACGAGACCCUGACUCCUGAGUCUGGAACGAUUUACAAGGGUACCUACUUGUGCGUGGUGGUAUCGCGACUCACAGCACUCUGACGUGCCAUACAACAAAUCCCGUGAUAGCGCCUGAAUUUGCUACCUGUAUGCGUGUAUGACAUCUUUAAUUGUGCGGUAUACGAUUUCCAUAUGCACCAGCACCAGCACCAUGGCGCAACUUGCGGCUUCUACACCACGGCGAAUCACACGCUCGUCUCUAGCUAGAUUCGCUUAUACAGAUGCACGGCGGUCUACAGACACCACCAAGUCGCAAAACAGCCAUGGAGAUAGCACGGAUAUCGAAGACGUAAUACCAGAUACAAAAUACACUCUCCCCUCCGCUACUGGCAAGUCCAUAUCGCUACGAAAACGCAAGCGAGCCAAUGCGUCUUCGUCAGCCCCCGGAGGUGCGCCGUCGCUGGCGACUCGUAGGGUUUCAAAGCGGCGCGAUGCGACCGACAGUCCUGACUCCGAGGUGAAGAUUGACAUCAAGUCGGAGGAUCUCGCAGCGACAGCUACGACACCUCUUAAACAAACAAAACGUCAGCGCAAGCCAGCCCUCAAGACAACGGAUCCUGCUACGGGACAAUCGGUCAUCAGCGCCCCGACGGAUUGGGAGGAGAUGUACGCCGCAGUGCAGUCUAUGCGCAGUGAAGGCGGCAUCGCUUCCAACGCUCCCGUGGACACGAUGGGCUGCGAACGCCUAGCCCUCUCGACCGCAUCCCCACGCGACCAGCGAUACCAAACCCUGGUAGCACUCAUGCUCUCUUCUCAGACGAAAGACACGGUGAACGCCAUCGCCAUGAACCGAUUACAGACAGAACUCCCUCCCUACAAAGCUGAUGCACCGGCAGGUUUGAAUCUCGAGAACAUGCUCGCGGUAUCACCAGCGCAUCUCAAUGAGCUCAUCCACGCCGUGGGUUUCCACAACAACAAGACGAAAUACCUGCAGCAAGCCGCCGCCAUUUGCCGUGAUGCGCACGGCGGCGACAUACCCGAUACCAUCGAAGGCCUCGUCUCUCUUCCGGGCGUCGGGCCCAAGAUGGCGCAUCUGUGUCUGUCCGCAGCGUGGGGGCGGACGGAAGGGAUCGGCGUCGACGUACACGUCCACCGUAUCACGAACUUAUGGGGCUGGCAUGGAAAGGCAGGCUCCAAGAAUCCUGAGGAUACCCGCGUCAAACUCGAGAGCUGGCUCCCGAAAGACAGGUGGCGGGAGAUCAAUACUCUCCUAGUUGGGCUGGGACAGACUGUUUGCCUGCCCGUCGGCAGGCGCUGUGGGGAUUGUGAGCUUGGGCUGAAAGGGCUGUGUCGCGCUGCUGAGCGUAAAAAGGUCCUCGAGGGACGCAGGGCCAGGGAGAGCGUGACGGUUAAUGCCAGGGGCCAUACCCACGUCAAAGUCGACCAUGAGGUGGCUGACGAGGCUCAAAAGGAGUUUGCUGUUAGUGGAGCGGGUAGUAAUGAGAUGGAUAAGGAGAAGAUGGCCUCAGUUAAGGAAGAAUUUACAGACUAAAUAUGAAAGUGAUUUUUGGUGGCUUAGCAAGGGGGAAGAGCGAGGUUGUAUGCUUUCAAACAGCGUGUAAGGAUACCCGCCGCGUGAUUCGGAUCACUUGCUGCAUAUUCACGGAACAUAGUUAGCUGAAA